AUGUCUUCUGUGCUCCUCAUGGUCCCUGAGGUCCCAGGUCCCUGUCAGUGUCCACAAGGCUCUGUACUACUCAAAGAGAAGAUCUCUAAGGAGGAGUUUGACCAACUGUUUGAGAGGAGGAAGAAAGAGUAUGAGAAGCACAAGAACAGGAGCACUUCUGUAUUGUCCCAAGUUCUGCUGGCCCCUGCAAACUCUCCUCUGCAGUUUCCCAUCCAAGGUGUGAGCGUGCUCCCACUGAAGAGCCGCCUCAUACCAGGUUUAGCGGUGUAUGCAGAAGAGAAAAGAGACUACAAGGUGAGCUUAAAGGGGAGCAAAGGUGUCUUCAGCGUGAACUCUCUCAUCACAGACGUCACUGUUUCAGGCGACACAACGGACCAUCUGUCAGUGCAGUCCAACAGUUUGUCCGCCCUGAACAAGGCUCUGUCUUCAGUGUCCUACAAAAGCACUGUCUAUGAAAUCCACACGGGGGAUCUGGUUUCAUUUUCCUUUGAGAACUAUAAAGCGGUGUUUCCCAUCGAGAUCCGACAGCCUCAGAUGCCCGUCAUGUUUGACAUGGGAACCGACAUCAAUUCUCAGGUCACGAUCACAGUCAAGACGUUUCUGCGUUACAACCAGCUCAAUAUCCUUCUGAGCAGCAUCCGCAAGUUCUACCCCACAAUGACGGUGGUGAUCGCAGACGAUAGCCUGGAGCCGGAGAAGAUCCAAGGAGACCACAUUCAGCAUUACAUCAUGCCCCCGUCUCAGGGCUGGUUCGCUGGUAGAAACUUGGCUAUUUCUCAAGUUACCACCAAAUACUUCUUGUGGGUGGAUGACGACUUUCUGUUUACGGAGGAAACACAAAUUGAGAAGAUGCUGGAGAUCAUGGAGGCCGUUCCUCGACUCGAUGUGGUGGGUGGUUCAGUGGGAUCGAACCGCUUCCCAUUUACUCUGCACUUCGAGGCGGGGGACGAGGAUGAAGGUGGCUGUCUGGAUGCACGUCUCAACACAAAGCAGCAGACACUCCCAGGUUUCCCACAAUGCUCUCUGGUCAACGGAGUGGUCAACUUCUUCCUGGCUCGCACGGACUCAGCCCAGAGAGCGAGAUUCGACCCGAUUCUGAAGCGUGUGGCCCAUCCAGAGUUCUUCAUGGACGGCCUGGGCUCUCUGAUGGUGGCCUCGUGUGGCGGCCCCAGGAUCGCACAUCAGUCACCUUCUGAGACCGACCGGCGCUACGCACACUUCAGGCACCCAAACUACACCGAGGACAUGAUGUUAAAAUACAAACUGUACUACUACAAGCACAACCUCAAGUGCAUCAGGAGGUGGAGGUGA